AUGCCCAUCAACCUCCCUCUGGACGCCAUCACGUCGCGUCUCAACCUGCAGGGUCGCUUCGACAGUGUUCGUUCGCAGUCCGUCGGCUCCCGCUUCGCCAACUUGAAGCCCAUCUCCGAGUUCUUCAACUUCAAGCAAAUCUCAAAGCCUCAAAACUUCGGUGAGGUUCAGAACCGCGUCAACUACAACCUCGGUUACUUCUCCAGCAACUAUGCCGUCCUCUUCUGCAUGCUGAGCAUCUACACUCUCAUUACCAACUGGCUCUUGACUUUCGUCAUCCUACUCGUCGUUGGUGGCAUGUUCGGAAUUGGCAAACUCGAGGGCCGCGACAUUGAGAUUGGCAACUUCCGUGCCACCACCUCGCAGCUCUACACUGGUCUGGUCGUCAUCGCUGUUCCUCUCGCCAUCUUCUCAAACCCCUUCGGUUCCGCUCUCUGGCUCAUCGGUGCUUCCGGAGUCACUAUUCUUGGUCAUGCAGCAUUCUUGGAGAAGCCCAUCGAGUCAGCUUUUUCAGAGGAGGCGGUCUAA